AUGCACAACGGGCGCUUCGUCGCGACCGGCCUGGUCCUGGCCGCCGCCGCCGCCGCUGCAGCGGUGACAAGUCGCUCAACAAAUGCCUGCGCCGAGGUCAGCGACUCGUGGAGACAACACAUCGACUCCCGUCGAGAGGGCCCGCCGACGUCGGACACGGCCUACAAGGCAGAUCCGCCUCCCGGCUACCCGUUCCCUGCCUACGAUGUUUUCGCCAACCUCGCCGAGGUGAGACGGAAGCUGGUGGCGAAAGAAUACGGCGGCGAAUACGCCUUCCAGGUGGACUUGCUGGAGACCGUCUUCGAGCCCGGCCACGACAGUCACUUCCAGUUCAUGCCAGACCUUCUGGCCAAGGCCGUGACGUGGAUCCGCAUAGGCAGCAUAGUGUCCGUCAGCGAGGACGGAACCUCGCCGCCCGUCAUCAAGCGUCACUCCCACGUCGAAAAGUCCCCGGAUACGGCACCGAUCAUCACCGCCAUCAACGGUAUCGAUGCCGCCAGCUUCAUCGAGUCGAUAGCCGCGAACGGCACCGAGUGGACUGAUGUCGAUGCCGGCUACAACUCCAUGUUUUUCCAGCGGUCCACGCACAGCAAAUUCGGGGUGAUGGGAAACUUCGCUUAUGCCUUCAAUAACAUAGGCGUCAAGUACCCAGGCCCGAUGACCAGGUUUACCUAUGAGGGUUAUCAAGAGUCAGAGAGGGUGGCCAACAUGGCCGUUCUCAACGAAAACUGGAGGUAUCUUAGGGAUGGAGUUGCUGUUUACGACAUGUUCUGCAGUCAAAAAUACAACCCGAGGGACAUACCGCAAAAGCAUCCUUACAUCUACACAUUCCCGUCUUUGCCUGCAGCCAAUGACAGUAAAUUUCCCGAAUAUCCCGUGCCUGAAAUGGCCACCUCGGAUCUCAUUGUUUCCGGCUAUUACCUUAAAGGCGAUGGUCUCGAGGAUGUUGCCGUUCUUUCCCUGACCACCUUCAACAGCAACAAGCCUACCGAGUUUCAGUCCGUAUGCCGCGAUUUCUUGGAAAAGGCCGCCAAGGAUGGAAAGACUAAGCUAGUUAUCGAUGUACAGUCGAAUAUAGGCGGUCUCUCCUUGCAAGCCAUCGACCUGUUGCACCAAGUGGCACCCGAUGUGGAAGAGGACUACUACUUUCGCAACAAGAUCAGCGAGGAGGCCCUCGCUCUAGCAAGCAGCACGGAGGAGCGGAUUGCCGAUGUUGACCCUUUGACGACAAAGGACACGUAUGCGGCCUGGGAUUGGAGUCUGUGGUAUACCAACUAUCGAUUUGGCGUCAACACGGAGAAUGGAAAGUUUGAGAAAUUCGACGAUAAAUUCUCGCCUCAUCUCUUCAAGGGAACCAACUACACGUCCCUCUAUCGCUGGGAUCUCAACGAGCCGCUGGUUACGACGAACAAGAAAUAUGGCAUUGGCAUGGAAAUCACUGGCCACGGACAGCUGGCCACCGCAGGCGUGCUGCGCUUUCACCCCGAGAAUAUUGUUAUAAUCCACGAUGGAGUCUGCAACUCUGCAUGUGCCUUUUUCUCGGAGCAGCUCAGCGCCCAUGGCGUCAAGACGAUUGCCAUGGGGGGACGUCCCAAGCCAAGUCCGAUGCAGGGAGCUGGUGGAAGUAAGGGCGGCCUUCUGAUACCCUUCCGGUCGCUCUACGAGGCCGUGCAACGGGCAAAAGACUCGACGGCAGAUCCCGAAAGAAGCAGCGUCCUUGAAAGGUUUAGCGACGCACCUAUACGUCGAUCCGCGUACGCAACGGUAAACUCGGCAGACUGGAUCCAGGAGAAGCAUAUCAAGGACGGGAUGCCAACGCAGUUCGUAACCAGCAACGCAGACUGCCGCCUUUACUGGACUAUGCCUAUGAUGUUGGAAGGGUCCGAGGUUUGGAAGGCGGCGGCGAAUGCUGCGUUUAACGGGGCCAAGUGCGCCUACGGAGGCAUAAAGAAUCACCCGACCAAAAAUCGCUGCAACGAGAUUAAGAAUCUCGAGCUUGGCAUCAAACUAUCGAAUGACCCGAACUCAGGAACUGAAGAUGAAAUCGGUGUGGAUAUAGAGGGUCCUAACAACGGCCAUGCCGUUGUUUCCAUUGCUCGAAGCCCUGAGCCGGGAUUCAACACAUGGGUAAAGGUUGGCUUUGGUUCCGAAACGAUGAACAUUCGCGAUAUUCGAAAACUUCACCUUACCGCCACUGGAAUUUUAUGGGGGAAGAACGAUGAUACGAGCAACGAAUUCACGGUCCAAGAUAUUCAACUGCGUGCGCAAUGUGCUGACGGGAACUUUAACGUUACCAACGACAAGUUGGUUAACGUAAAUCGGCGGUAUGGACAUCCUGGUGGAGUCCUUAUUGAACCCUUGAUUACCAGGACUGUGGCAACCUUCAAGGUUGCCGUCAAGGACUGGCAGAUUUCCGAUGAUUCGUCGAAAUAA